AUGAGGCUCAAUGAAAAUACGGUGAUAUUCGGUGAUCGAGUCGUCUUAGUUCCUUACCGUGCUGAACAUGUACCUACAUACCAUGAAUGGAUGAAAUCACCUGAAUUACUUGAACUUACAGCUUCAGAGCCAUUAACGUAUGAUGAAGAAUUAGAGAUGCAACGUAAAUGGCAUCUGGACGAAGACAAAUUGACGUUCAUCCUUCUAUCUCGACCCGAGUCGUCAACGUCGAUACCAAAGUCGCGCGUCCUGAAUCCCAAUGAGAUACCACAAUGUAAGAUGAUAGGCGAUGUGAACCUUUUUUUACCAGAUGGCAAAGAUGGUGAAGGUGAAUGUGAGAUAAUGAUAGCGUCAAAAGAAGAUCGACGUAAAGGAUAUGCUAUUGAAGCGUUAUCAUUAUUUCUAUCAUACCUCACAUGUACGCUUCCCUUGGAGCCGAAUCACCUCAUAGCAAGAAUAGGAGCAUCAAAUAUUCCGUCGAUACGUUUGUUCCAGAAGUUGGGUUUUGGAAUAACAAAACAUGUCAAGGUGUUUGACGAGGUUGAACUGAAAUAUGCUGCUGAGACAAAUACACAACUCGAAUUCGAUAUACUUGAAGUGAAAGAGAGGGUAGAUUGGGUAGGAUUAAAAGUUAGUGAUAAAGUUGGGACGUAUGAAUAG